CAGACCAGUGAAAGCCGAAAAUUCGAAAUCAAACUUCCUAGAAUUUUCCGACGAGGUAAAUUUUAUUGGAUGCCCGUACAAGGUGGAAGAUGCAAUCGUUGAUUCUACAAUGUCUCGUUUUCAGGAAAAGGAAAACGCGAUACCAUCCAAACGAACCUUCAGUGAAUUUGAUGAUGUAGGUCUUGAUGAUCAAGGAAAUGAAUUUAAACGCCUUAAAACAAUGCAGAAUGAUGAUGAUGGUGAUGAUGAUGAUCAGUUAAUUGGUGUGUUUGGGUACCACAAUCUUGGAAAAAAUAUCCGUAGACUUUUUGAAAAGUGUAUCCAAAUUUGAAGACGUGUAAUGAAAACAUGAGUAUUUUUUCAAUCGAGCCAACUAUUUGCCCUGAACUUCUCCACUCUUCACCCCCCAGAACAAUGUUGGUUCAGAUAACGUGGAUUUGCAACACAUAUUUAAUUAUCAACAUUGUAGGACGGGGGGGGGGGCAAAGUUUGGAAAUUCAAAAAGUCUACGAAGUUUUUUCCAGGAUUGCAGAUUUACACGUUUUCUGUCUUCGUAAAGUUAGGCCUUGGUCAAGUAUUGGUCGAAUGAGAGUUGAGAUGCGAGAGUUUGCAUGAGAGUUUUCUCAACUCUCGUGUCCCGUUCAGAAGAGUUGCACGAGAGUUGAUGAGAGUUUGCAUGAUAGUUUUCUCAACUCUUAUAUUGACCCGGUUUGCAUGAGAGUUGAGAAGGGAGAAUUUGCUUGAGAGUUUUCUCAACUCUUAUAUUGCUGCAGUCAAUCGACAACAAGCGUUGCAUGAGAGUUGAGAAGGGAAAAUCUGCAUGAGAGUUGACGAGCGAGAGUUUGCAUGAGAGUUGACUGGAUGUUACCACACGUACUGUACUAAAAACUCGUACACAUGAACAUUCGUCAAAAUUUGAACCAGUUUAAAGUUCAUGAGAGAUGAGCUCUACUUGGCGGUCAAACGCGACCGAGAGCGGCAACUCUCAUUAACUCUCAUCCAUUUCAACGGAGUUUUAAAAUUGAACCGCGUGUAAAUGAUAGUACUUGAUAUUGAUUGCUGAUUCAACAGCAUAUUCUUUACAUGUUUUCACGUGUAGGAAACCUUUUUAAUUGUGAUGAAGAUGACUUUAAUUACCAAGAUGAAGACGAUAAUGAAUUUGAAGAUAACAAUGAAUAUGCACAAGAUCCAGAGGUGCCACACCUAUAAAUUACAUCUAAACACAAUGUUUAUUUAUUUUUUCACUAAUACAUGUGAUACCCCAUGUUUUUUUUCCUAAUAUGUGUUUUAGUUUGAUUUUGAUUUCAACAUACCAAGUCCACGUUCUCCUGAGUAUUUGUCACCGAACAACUCUCCAGCCCAUUUCACUGAUGACAUAGACAUUGACAAGUAAGUCAGGCCAGCACAUCAUGUAUAGUGUCGUGUUCACCACGCUUGUCUUUCAAGCUGGGAGAGCCGGGUUCAGUCCUUGGUCGGACCUCUACUCAAGGUCUUAAAAUAACUAAGGAGAAAGGUACCUUUACACUGAUAUCAGUAAAUGGUUAGACUUUCGCGUCUUCUCGGAUAAGGACGUUAAAUCGUAGGUACCUUGGAUCCCCUAUCAAUUGCACAAUAUAGCCUGUUGGGACAUCCACUCACCAUAGAGUGAGAAACUCAAUAAAGAAAUAUUAAAAAUUUCGAAGAAACCAAUUUAUUUUCUUAUGCUCAUGAAACCUUUGCUUUAUUUCAUUGCGAAGUUUAAAUGUAUACUAUCUGAUAGAAGUAUUUUUUCCCAUUUUUUAUUUAGUAAUAUUCCUGUGUCUGAAGCAUUUCCAGAAGCCAAAGUAAGCCAGAAUGAGUGUCCGUUGUCCACCGAAGUAAGUAGAUUUAUGUCUUCGGUUUCGAGUCGGAUAAAGAAGAAAUACCCAAGGCUCGAAGUAGAGAAAAAAUAUGGUCAGCCAGUCUAAAUUUUUUUUCCAGGUGAAAUAAAUUUUAGUCUGCCAUUUUUAUUCAUUGAACUGGCAAAAUGGCGAUGUCUCAUAUGAAUCAUAUUGUAAAAAUCAAUGUUUUCAUGACAUGCAUUUUUUUACUUGGCAGUUGAAGUUUGUUUUUGUCUGCAUUUCUAAAAUAUGGCCUGCUUUUGGCCAUUGGCAGCCCGCUAUUUCGAGCCCUGAAUACCACAAUUCUAUAGAAUUUGAGAUAAUAAUAAACUUCUUUAAAAUUUGACUAUUUUUACAGACUAAUCUUCAACAGUCCCAAAUACAAGGCGAGGAACUUCAGAGAUUACCAGCCGAUGAUCUGCAGGCAAACUGUGAACAGUCGCAAGUGCCGGCAGAUGACCUUCGGACAAAGUUUGAGAAAUCUUCUGCCGACUAUGUCUUAGUGUUGGAAGAAAUUGCAGACACAUUAAAGACUCUGGACGAUGAUUUUCUACAGAACGUUCUGGGCAAAGAGAAAUACGACUCGUAUAAGAAAAGUCAAAUUGCGAGGCAAGUUGUGAUGAUAUGAUUGUGAUUACAGUGUUUGUGGGUUUGAGACAGUAUAUACAGGGUGUAGAAAAAAAAGAUAAUCCAAAUUUGGCAUGUUAUCUUGAAUUAAAUAUUCACAGGGUUCGAAUUAAAGCCUCACUAAUCGCAAUUUGCGAAUGUAAAAUUGCCUUUUGCGAACGCAAAAUCAUCCAUUUUGCGAAUAACGUUUUGCAAAAACAAUGUAUUAAGGUUGACAUAAAAGGUUGGUUUUCACACCGAAGGUUGUAUAGUUUGUUUUCUCCCUUUUUAUGAAAAAAUAUAGUAAGUGACUCGGGACCCAUUUUAUUUAACACUUUAUACAGGGCAGGGAAAAAGAAUUUUCUUCCUGGGAGCAUAACCUGGAGACAAAGAUUUCCUGCAGACCAACGGAGUAUUUUUGUGCUAAAUCUGCAUGUGCAUAAACAUAUAGUAUUCUAGCUGACCAUGGUUUUAAAUUCAAGAAAUAAUGUCUGUCCGAACCAUAUGUUGUUGCGCCCAUAGUGGGACAUGGGUGUUAAGGUUUCCUUCAAAUUUUUAAAAGCAAAUCUUCAUUCCAAAUAAUUGCCUGCAGCUGUUUAACAUUUCCUGCCAGCAGUGCUCGCAUGCUCGCCUAUUUUUUGCACCCCUGACUUUAUACAUCAUUUUUGCCUUAGCUUUCUUCCUUUCUGUUUUGAGUGGUUCCCAGCCUAGUGCACGUAAAGCAAUAGAAUGAUUGUAGGUUGACCACCACCUACUGCCCGAUAGUGAAACCUACCUAUUUCUUGGUAAUUUCCAACAUUAAUUUUCUUCAUCAUAUUUAGGAAUAGGUUGCGAGCAGAGAAUAGGCGACUGAGCGCAAGAAUGAAACAAAGGAGUCUCUCCAUCUCACAAAAUCAAAAUUCUACCUUGAAUAGAAACGGUAAGAGCUAAGAAUUGAGCUCUCAGCUGAGUCAUUUGUGGCAGAAAUCAUCAACAAGUCGAGUCCGAGGCAUUUGGGGCUGUUGACUCAAGUUGAGUCAUUUGGGGCUGUUGACUCAAGUUGAGUCAUUUGGGACUGUUGACUCAAGUUGAGUCAUUUGGGGCUGUUGACUCAAGUUGAGUCAUUUGGAGCUGUUGACUCAAGUUGAGGCAUUUUCCGUAUUCGAGUCGAGUCGCAGAAAAUUGCGACUUGAGUCGACUCGAGUCCGAAUCAAUGACUCUACUCGUUACCACACUGGAGAAAACCCACAAAUUUUGGUAUUGCGUUGGCCGACUCCUUUCACAUAAGUGUCACGAGACCCACGAACUCAGAGGUAAAAGGUGCUUCCUCUGACGAUUGCGACAGCGAAGUUCCAAAUAGCCAAUAUUUGGAUGGUCAAAAUCCGUGAUUUGUGUCUGAACUGCCAGAAAUUGAUUAAAAACUCCUUUGAUAAAGGCCCUUAGCCAAGUGAUUCGUAGACAACAUGUUUAUCCCAAUUUCAUGUUAUACUUUUAUGUACUUAUCUAGCUUCAUUAUCACAGAAUAUCACUGUUAAUGGCGGGCAAUCUACGCCGUAUAAUACCUCAACCAGGCGUGUUUCUGAUGAUAGCGAUUUCCCAGUUUGUGGGGAAAGUUUCUUUGAUGAAUCUCCUCCCGUUUCACGAAAGAGCUCUUCCAUGUUACAACAAUUUAGAGACAGCGAUGACUCACAGAGGAACUAUACUCUACCACAAGACACUGCUAACCUACAGAGGAAUUCUAUGCUACAACCUGCUAAAGAAAGUUCUAACUUUGCAACCCCCGUAUCGUCAAAAUGGCAGACGAGUAGUCCUGCGUUUCAAAAUCAAGAUCUACCAGAUAUUAUUGAUGUUGAAGAUGAUGAAAUUCCACCCCGUUGUCCUGGCCCUAAUCUAAGUAAAUCUUCUACUCCACUGGCAUUCAAUUCACGGGGUUGUGAGCAGGUAACUCCUAGGACUGGCAGCAGUAGUACCUCCACAAUAAGGAAUAUGGGCACCAAUGAAAGAUCGUCCAAUGCUGGACCGCGUAAAACUCCACCAAAGAAGACUGGUAAUUCGUUACCUGACGAUGGAUACAGAAGUAAGUACACAAGUAAAAAACGCACAAGUUGUUACAGGUCUAUAUAGUAUAUCUCACAUAUUUUGAAUCCUCUUUGUGCGACUGAAACUUCUUGGCAAAAUCUGCAGCAACUGGUUUUCUGACAUCACUUUAAAUAGAAUUAGAGUUUGUUGAUCGCAGACUGUUGAUCGCAGGGUAUCUGAACAGGAUAUCUGAAAUGUGGAUGUCCAGUUUAGGUAGUAUUCUAUACACACGUAAAAACGCACAAGUUGUUACAGGUCUGCAAACAAGUUGUUACAAAUCUGUUCACAAGCUGUCGACAAGUUGUGUUCGCACUGCUUGUUCCCAGUUGUUGGAACAAGUUUGGAACAAACUGUUUACAACUAACUUGUAACAAGCUUGAUGGCAUUAUCAGACUUGUUACAAGGUUGUUCUAACAAGUCUGAUACAGUCACGAUAUAACAAGAAUGUCACAACGUUGACGACGCGGUUACUCCAAAUUCCUCAAAAUUGGGGAUGGGAAGUAAAUUUGGGCAACUUUUAUACUGUAGCGCAUAGCUUUUUGUAGCGACGUAAAAAUACAUCUUUCCGACCUUUAUGAACGCUAUUUUCAGAUGAAUUAUUGCAACGGAGAGAUGUUGUUUCGCUCAGCUUCUCAAAGUUGUACAUUCCGUAUCGGAGAGGUGCGUUUUCGCGCCGCUACGAAAGCUAUCCGAUAUAACGUUUAAUCUGCGUGCUCUUGUAAGUUGACCCCCAUCUGCUGCCCUGAAACGCUCACUGUAACUCACGAAUCAACUUAUGGCUAAUGUUUUCAGGUGAAUUCAAAAGAACGGACUAUGCAUUCACUGCUGAGAUGAAUCGGGCUCUACGGCGAUCAUUCGGUUUGAAAUGUUUCCGUUCCAAUCAACACGAGGCUAUCACGGCUGCAAUGCUCGAUAAAGAUUGUUUCAUACUCAUGCCAACCGGGGGAGGCAAGAGUCUUUGUUAUCAGCUACCUGCUAUUAUUUCUAAUGGAGUUACCAUCGUUGUCUCCCCCCUGAAAUCUCUGAUUCAAGAUCAAGUGAUGAAGUUGGUCUCAAACCAU